GCUGGGACGCCCAGCGUUGUACAAGCGGGACAAGCCAGACGGGUCGGCGUCCAAGGAAGUGGCUUCUGGAGAGGCUAGAGAUGCAAACAGUGGGGCGACAGCUGCUGAAGUUGAGGGGCCGAAGCCUGCGACCCAGUGAGUUCCUGGGGCAGCCCUGGCCUGUCCCUGCCCGUCGACCUUAUGCUAGUGGGACCACUCAGGCGGUUCUGGACAAAUCAGACACCCUCUCCUCAGAUGCUGCCACCAAAGAAAAACCAGCCAAGGCGGAAUCCAAGUCCUUUGCUGUGGGGAUGUUCAAAGGCCAGCUCAUCACUGAUCAGGUGUUCCCAUAUCCAUCAGUGCUCAACGAGGAGCAGACUCAGUUUCUCAAAGAGCUGGUGGGGCCUGUGGCCCGUUUCUUUGAGGAGGUGAACGAUCCUGCCAAGAAUGACACUCUGGAGCGAGUAGAAGAAACCACUUUGCAGGGGCUCAAGGAGCUGGGGGCCUUUGGUCUACAAGUGCCCAGUGAACUGGGUGGUGUGGGCCUCAGCAACACCCAGUACGCUCGCUUGGCAGAGAUUGUGGGCACACACGACCUUGGUGUGGGUGUUACCCUGGGGGCUCAUCAGAGCAUCGGUUUCAAAGGCAUCUUGCUGUUUGGCACAAAGGCCCAGAAAGAAAAAUACCUCCCCAAAGUGGCAUCUGGGGAGUCUAUAGCGGCCUUUUGUCUAACUGAACCCUCAAGUGGGUCAGACGCAGCCUCCAUCCGAAGCUCAGCUGUGCCCAGCCCCUGUGGAAAAUAUUUCACCCUCAAUGGAAGCAAGCUUUGGAUCAGUAACGGGGGCCUGGCAGACAUUUUCACGGUCUUUGCCAAGACACCAGUUACAGAUGCAGCCACGGGGGCUGUGAAAGAGAAGAUCACAGCUUUUGUCGUGGAAAGGAGCUUUGGAGGUGUCACCCAUGGACCUCCAGAAAAGAAGAUGGGCAUCAAGGCCUCAAACACUACAGAGGUGUACUUUGAUGGAGUUCGGGUGCCAUCAGAGAAUGUACUGGGUGAGGUUGGGGGUGGCUUCAAGGUCGCCAUGUACAUCCUCAACAAUGGAAGGUUUGGGAUGGCUGCAACACUGGCUGGCACCAUGAAAGCCAUCAUUGCCAAGGCGGUAGACCAUGCUGCUAAUCGUACCCAGUUUGGGGACAAAAUUCACAACUUUGGGCUGAUCCAGGAAAAGCUGGCUCGGAUGGCUAUGCUCCAGUAUGUGACUGAGUCCAUGGCUUACAUGCUGAGUGCCAACAUGGACCAAGGAUCCACAGAUUUCCAGAUUGAGGCUGCCAUCAGCAAAAUCUUUAGCUCGGAGGCUGCCUGGAAAGUGACAGACGAGUGCAUCCAAAUCAUGGGUGGCAUGGGCUUCAUGAAGGAGCCUGGGGUAGAGCGCGUGCUCCGAGAUACUCGCAUCUUCCGGAUUUUCGAGGGAACAAAUGACAUUCUUCGGCUGUUUGUGGCUCUUCAGGGCUGUAUGGACAAAGGCAAGGAACUCUCUGGGCUUGGCAAUGCCCUAAAGAAUCCUUUUGGGAAUGCUGGCCUCCUCCUAGGAGAGGCAGGGAAACAGCUGAGGCGGCGGGCAGGGCUGGGCAGUGGCCUGAGUCUCAGUGGAGUUAUCCACCCGGAGUUAAGUCAGAGUGGUGAGUUGGCAGUGCAGGCUUUGGAGCAGUUUGCCACUGUGGUGGAGGCCAAGCUGAUAAAACAUAAGAAAGGGAUUGUCAAUGAGCAGUUUCUGCUACAGCGCCUAGCCGACGGGGCCAUUGACCUUUAUGCCAUGGUGGUGGUUCUCUCCAGGGCCUCAAGAUCUCUGAAUAAGGGCUACCCUACAGCCCAGCAUGAAAAAAUGCUCUGUAACAGCUGGUGUAUUGAGGCUUCAGCUCGGAUCCGGGAAAACAUGGCUGCUCUGAAGUCCGACCCACGGCAGCAGGAACUCUUCCGUAACUUCAAAACCAUCUCCCAGGCAAUGGUGGAGCGAGGCGGUGUGGUCACCAGCAACCCCCUGGGCUUCUGAAUUCUCUCAACCAGGGCCUGACCACAUAGCUUCCCACCCUCCCCCCCAAUCCUGGGUGCCCUUGUUUACCCUUGGAGGGGGCCUGUGUUCCCAGGAUUGUGCCUGUUCACAGGAAUACUUGGUGCCUCACAAUACAGUUUC